GGAAACGGGCGUUUGCGUGCUAACAGCGCAUGUUAUCGACAAGAUGAAAUAAUAUCGCUCUAUAUUUUAUUUGAUUUCACCGUUAAAGACAACGUUUUGUACACAUGGAUGCUCUUGUGUCAACAGAGAAAAUGGGCGAUCCAGGUCUGCCACUUUCCUCUCUUCGUAUUCUUGUGUCCCCCUUGCAGCUUCUGUCUGCUGCUAUGUGGCAGCUGGCGAAGCAGAAAGAUGUGAUGAAUUAUGAGAAGCUGCAAGAGUUUGUUUUUAUGGUGACAGAGGCUGUUCCUGGACUGAUAAACCGCAGCCAGAGAGCUCAGCUCAUUCUGGGUUUAAGGGCAAGGCUGAUUCUGGAGUUAUGUAAAGGCACAGGUCGAGGUUCUGUUGAUGCUCAAGUUGUCCAGAGCUACUUGGACAGACUUCCAAUAAGUUCUACAAAUGCAGAUUACAGGGAGGCAGAGGUGGAGACGACGGAGUCCACUUUCAUUGCACUUGUUCAAAGCCUGCUGAAAGAUCCAGUUGAGAGAGCAUACUUCUUCCAGGAGGUAUUCCCAGUGGAAUAUGGGCCACAGUAUGAUGCUGCUCUGCAUGUGUUAUUAUGGGAACUUCUGUCCAAACUGGAAAAGCUUCUUCCUGUACCAGAUCUUAAACAGACUGCGGCCUGGCUCAGCUCUGCACCUUCUGUUUUGGAGGAAUGUGUUCAGUCCAUAUCUGAAGAGCUGUCUGUCGUCUUUCAACACUAUAAAAGUUCAGGACUACUGAAAAUGCAAUAUGGUCCUUCAUCUACCAUUGGUAGCAGCAUCAUGUCUGCUUUAUCCAUUCCUCCUUCACAAAAACCAAAUGUCUCUGCCGGACUGCAGUCCAUCCACAACUACGCUAACAUACUAAACCCUGUCACUUUCAUUGGAGGAGACCAGUACAGCGUUGUGGCUGUUUACACUGAAGUGGAAGUUGGAGCAUCUGAGGCAGAUGAGGAAAUUACUGAGUCAGCUGAAGUACAAGUUCAGACAGAUUUCUAUGAAGAAGAGAUAGUGGCUGUGGGAGCAGAUAACACAGCCGGUGUGGAAUCAAAUAACUUUAAAACAGAUGAAAUAAGUGAAACUGUGGAUGUUGCUAAGGCACUGGAGACUCUGACAAAAACCUUUGCAUUAAGAAAGGAAAACCUGGGUCAAGAUGUACCGACCGAAAAGACAAAGACUAUUGUCUCAAAUGUAGAAUCAUCCCAUACUGAUGAGCAGGGACCAGGAAAUGCAACAGAUCAUGGAAAAAUAAAUGAAACACUUGAAUCAGGAGACCAGACACUUGAGCAAAGGGGAAACACAGUUGGAAAGAUGAGGGAUGAAGUCAUUUUCCAAUCAGGCAGCACAGAAAGCAAUAUGAAUGCAGAAAUUAUAGAUGGUCCCAGUGAAGUUCCAGCCUCAGAAGAAUCGUCUGACCACUUUACUAAUGUGCGCAAAUCCACACGUUUACAAAUGAAGUCCCCUCCAAGUUGGCAGGAAAUGUGUAAAUUCAAGAAAUCAUCCAGAGAAAUGAGCAGCGAACCAAAAAUGACUGAUGUAUCUCUUGCACCGUCUGUGAUUGCUAUCAAAGGAACUGACAGAGGUGAUUCAGACGAGAUGACAUCUAUCAUUUUUACCUGCUCUCACUGUCCCUUCCACACCUCUGAGGAAAACAGUCCUCCUCACUUCCACAUGCAGAGUGUUCGCACAGAUCUAUACAGGGGUGUUUCAGGGACUAAGUUUACUCCCUCUCCUUCCAACACUGAUGAAAUUUUUACAUCAAUUAAACUUUUUCCCAAAGGAAACUCUGAGCAGAACAAAGUAGAGGCUGGCAUAAAAGACAGCACAUUAAGUGUGGCUCCGUCCCACAGUCGACAGAAGGCCCUCACGUGUGAAACGUGUGGUAAGAUAUUCACUCGUACAUCAGACGUCAGGCGACACCAGCUCACACACACAGGGGAGAGGCCGUUCCACUGCUCACAGUGUGACCGCACCUUCCAGCACUCCUGGGACUUGGCCAAACAUGAGAGUAAACACCACGGGGUGGCCAUCUCUUUCACCUGCCAGCUAUGUACAAGCGCCUUCACCAACCUCCGUGCACUGACUGUCCACCACAAGAGAUGUCAUCUCCAGGACAGUCAGCUUCCUCAGAUCUGCUCCAUCUGCAGCCAGAGUUUCUCCACUUCAUCUGAGCUGCUUGAGCACAGGAAGUCACAUGUGACCAGUAAACGUUACAUCUGCCAACAGUGCGGUGAAGGUUUUGACACUCUACUCGCUCGCUCCCAGCACCGGCAGAUGCAUCAGGUCAAGCGUCAGUUUAAGUGUCCACACUGUGAGAAGACGUACACGCGUAGAUCUGAUGUGAAGAGACACCUGUCCAUACACACUGGGGAGCGUCCAUACCAAUGUAACCAGUGCAAUAAACGAUUCUCACUCCGUUUUAUGCUUAUGAAGCACCUUCGUGUCCAUACAGGUGAGCGUCCAUUCCAGUGUUCCCACUGCCCCAAAAGGUUCACCCUGGUGUCUGUACUGGCCAGACAUGAGAGGAUGCACACCGGCGAGAAACCCUUCCUCUGCUCCCAGUGUGGAAAGGGCUUCCUGUCUCAGGGAGAACUCUCCAAACACCACAGGUCACAUGUGGACGACAGGCCCUACUCCUGCCCUCAGUGUGACAAACGAUUUAAGAGCAAAAAAACCCAGCAGGAACACAUCAUCUCCCACACUGGUGCACGCCCAUAUCCCUGCACGUACUGUGGGAAAGGCUUCACUAAACCAUAUGCACUGACUAGGCACAAUCUCAUUCACACUGGAGAGAGGCCCUUCCCUUGUGGCCACUGUGAGAAAUCAUUCCUCACCCUCAGUGAGGCUCAGCUGCACCAGCGUAUCCACACAGGAGAGAGGCCGUAUCCCUGCAGCAUGUGUGAGCUCAAAUUCAAGAGUUCAUCGGAACUUGCACGGCACAAACGGUGCCAUUCAGGGUUAAAACCACUGAAACCAUCCUGUGGACAGUGUAUGAAAACAUUCACAUCAAAUGCAAAACUGAAGAAACAUAUGGAGAUGCACAGAGAGGAUGGAGAAGCAGCACAGUCCUUAGACGCUACACAGCCCAAAGAAUCAAACAUUAACCAGUAAUUAAAGAGACAUAGAUAUAAAUAAAUAGAAUCACAUUCAGAAUUAGAUAAGUGAAACUUUGUGUAGAAUGUUUGAUCAGGUAGCUUUAAGUCCAGAUUAGAGAAUAACAGAAAUAGAAUACUAGGUCAGGGAGCAGCAGCAUGUAUUGAUCAUUACAGCAGAAAUGUCACAUGACAUCACAUGUUGACCUGUCUACAAGGACAGCUGCGUUCUGUCAUUUCAGUACAGUCUGUGAACCUCAAAGUUUUGUUUGCGAUGGGAAAAUGACAAUGUUUGGAACGAAGUUUUGAAAUGGAAUUUUGUUGUGAAUAAUGUACAUUAAAAUGCUUUUCACUGUG